AUGGCAAGAAAUUGCAGUGAAGAUGAAAAAAUCAUCAAAUUGUUUGGUUUUGAUAUCACUACUGCAACAACAACAAUUACGAUGACAACAACUAGUUCUGCUGCUACAGUAAUAUCUGAAAAAGAUUUCAUGGGAAAGAAAAUGAUCAAGAAAGGAAAUCGAUGGACAGAGGACGAACAGAGAGCAUUCUUGAAAGGAUUGGAUUUUCACGGAAAAGGAAAUUGGACGAACAUUGCUAAGGAUUUCGUGCCUAGUAGAACGCCGACACAGGUUGCUAGUCAUGCUCAGAAGUACUUUGUGAGAUUAUCGGAUGCUAAUUCCAAUUCGAAUGAGAGAAAAAAAAAGCGCAAGAAAUCAAGUGUUUUUGAUCUUCGUAUUGAAAAAACAGAGGAUACAGAUCAAGCUAUGGUUCCAUUGGGAAAUAAUCAAGCAACUCAUAAUGUGGCAAAUUACAUGAUGAAAAGUGUUCCAACAGUAAUGCCUCUUACUUGGGUUUACAUAUAUCCGAAUAGUUAUCAUCAUGCCUCUACGUCAAUCAGUACUACGACACUCGACAAGCCAAUUUCUGGGAUUUCUUCUUCUUCUUCUUCUGAGGAUGAUAUUUUGGAGUUGAAGUUGUAG